ACGAGUUCCGCGAGUAUCUAUAAAGCAGAGUGCCAAGCUAGCGACUUGCUCAUUUUAUAGGCCUACUCAGGUUUUUAGGUCAUUAUCGCAAGUUUUGGCAAGUCAUAGUCCGUUUAUAUCUUCAUCAAUAACAUCUAUCUCAUCAGUCCGAGUCUUUCAUAAAGCUUCGCAACUCCAGCCAAUCUUCUGGAAAUGGAUGCUCCAUAUUCAUUCGAUGGUUCAGAUACCACAGCCGAUGUCAUUCUAAUAUCGUCCGAUGACGUCCGCUUCCACGCCCACAAACUCAUCCUCUCACUUGCGUCACCUUUCUUCAAAGACAUGUUCGCGUUAGCCCAGGCGCCUACAAAUGGGACCAUUCCUACAGUUCCAAUGGCUGAAGACGGCGAAAUUAUAGAUCAAAUUCUUCGCUUCUGCUACCCCACCAAAGAUCCAUCGUUCGGUGACAUAUCUGCCUUAUACCGUGUCAUGGUGGUCAUGGCGAGAAAGUACAUCAUGGAGGACGUUGUUAUCAGGGCGCGAAGUGAGCUGCGUAAGUUCUCCAACGAUGAGCCCUUGCGCGUCUUUGCGAUUGCAUAUGCCAUGGGGUGGAAAGACGAAGCUAAGGCAGCUGCAAACAGAGUGCUUAAAAGACCUUUAUUAACAAACGAUGAUGACGAUAUCCCGGAACUCGACCUCUUACAGUCUCCUCGUAUCAUCUACCGACUAUUGAAGUUCCACGAAAAGCGCCUGGACGAAGCUCACAGGUCCGCCACUUUCGUUCUGGAUUAUUUUACAGAACCACUUGGGAGCAGUCAUUGCUCUGCUCAUAGUAUCUUUCAAUGCGACGAUGGCGUCCCGGCCACUAUUGUUCCACAGAGAUCGUGGCUGCUUUGCUAUGUGACAGCAGUUCAAGAAAUAAUCCGUAGACGUCCGAACUCAAAGAGUCUACGAAUCCAGGAAAAACAUCACAGAUGGCAAGCUCAAGAGAUUGCAGAGUCAUGUCCUGAGUGCGUGCCCUGUGAUCUUCCAGCCAUCUUUGACGAGUUUAUCCCGGAUAUUUAUUUGGUCCGUAUUGAAGAAAUAUUGAAUCGGAAGUUUGACCUGUAGGAAACUCAAGGUACCUUCGAAAGGACGAGAGAGGACAGAAUUAGCACCCUCUCGACUACUUAGGCCCUAGAGCAAACUGUACUUAUAUUGAUUUAUCUCCAUCUCCAUCUUCAAUUGCCCUUCAAGGCGAAAACCAUG